UUUAUCAAGUUGUAAAAAUAAAAUUAAGCACAUUUUCGAACUAGUGGUAGGUCUAGGUGAGUCGGAUAAAGAUCUAUUAUUUUCUCCGUCAAUGACUCGUAGUACAACUCAAUAUUUUGAAUUUCUAUAGUAAUUUGUAAUUGUGAUGAAAUAUGAUGUACGUUGUGCUGUGUUAAGUGGGGAUCUCCAAUUAUGAAAUUAUCAGUAGAGGAAUAAGAAAAUCCUACUGUCUCAAUGGAAACGUGUCAAAAACAUAGUUUGUAAUGGGUAAGCCCAAGCCACAACGGGUCAUUCACAAACCCCACCUUCACCAGAAUUUGAGAUUCAGAAAAUUCCACAAGUACCAUCCCGAAAGUAGAUCGCACAGAAAAGCCACCCGUAGAGGAAACCGUGACAUGGAUAUACAUCGGAAUCUUCUCACAGGGAUUCACAAUCUCACGCAGGCGACGAAUGGCCUCACCAUUGAUUCUCUUGUAUUUAGACUGCACACCAAUGCAACUGUACUUUUACUGGUAAGCUUUUCCAUUGCAGUAACCACAAGACAAUACGUUGGACACCCGAUAGAUUGUGUACAUAUAAGGGACAUUCCUGAAGAUGUGCUGAAUACAUAUUGCUGGAUACAUUCAACAUUCACAGUGAAAAAUGGUUCGUAUGAGAAACAAACAUCUGAAUAUUCCCUGAUACCCAACAUUCAGACAACAGGGGAGCACCCCAUAAAACAGAUCAAGUACUAUCAGUGGGUGGAAAUGUUUCUUAUUAUACAGUUAUCUCCUGAUGAUGCUAACAUGGUUGACGAGACGAGCGUCGAGUGA